AGCCAGAAAAUGAGAGAGUUAGCACGGUUGCUUAUAAGGGCAAGAAAGCAUGACUCUGAUAUUUCAAGUUUUUAUGAUUUGAUUAAUACUGACAAGUUUCCAGUUGUUGUUGCAGCAACCAAAUCAUUGUGCUCAUUUGAUGAAAAGUCAAACAAAUAUGGAAAUCCAUCAUUGGCUUUAAAACUUGGCCAUACAGUCAAAAAAUGUGCUAGGAUAUGUAAAAGGGAAUCCCCUAAUUUCUGGCAAUACUGAUUCAAUAAAAAGAGCCAAGGAUUUUCUUUUUAUGUGUGAAGGUGAAUGGACAGGGGAAAUUUCAAGUAUGGCACUUCAAACCUUGUCUUCAAAAAAAGUUAAUAAAAGACAGAAUCUGAUGGUAACUCUAUCUCAGGACAUGGUGAAGUUACAACUUUUCUUUCAAAAGAAAACCGAAGCACUGAGAAAGAGCUUAGAAGAGUCACCGUCAUUCUCAAAAUCUGACUGGGAACUACUUAAUCAAAUAAGUCUGGCUCAACUAGUUCUUUUUAAUAGGAGUCAUGCUGGAGAAACUCAGAGAUUAACUGCUGAUGUUUAUAUGACUGGAAAGAAAUCAGAAACUCCACCUGAAGAAGUUGGAAGUUUAAUGAGUAGUACUGAAAAAGCGCUGUUGGCCACAGUUCCUAGAGUAGAUAUCCCUGGGGUCAAAGGGCAGACUGUGCUUAUUUUCAUUCCUCAUUCUAUUGGGAAAAACAUAGAUCUUCUUUUGAAGUGGCGAAGUCAAGCUGGUGUGCACAAAGACAACAAAUAUCUGUUUGCCAGACCAAACUUUAGUUGCACUACUCCACUUAAUACUUCAUUUGUCCUUAAAAAGUUUGCAACAGAGGCUAAUGUAUCAUCACCUCUGAAUAUCACAAGUAUCAAACUUAGAAAACAAGUGACGAUUGUUUCUCAGAUUUUAAAUAUGGAGGAAAAUGAUCUUAAAACCUUAGAAACUGUUAUGGGACAUGACAUCAAAGUGCAUGGGUCAUUUAGUCGCCUGCCACAAGAACCUGAUUUGGUUGCUAGGAUGGGUCUGCUCUUAAUUGCAUUCAAUAAUGGAACAAUUAACCAAUUUACUGGAAAGUCUGUUGAUGACAUUUCAUUAGAUGAGAUUGGUAACUUGAGCAGUGAUAGUGAAGUUGAUGAAGAUAAAGAUGAAAAUGAAGUUGAUGAAGAUAAAGAUGAAAAUGAUGUCAAUGAAGAUAAAGAUGAAAAUGAUGUCAAUGAAGAUAAAGAUGAAAAUGAUGUCAAUGAAGAUAAAGAUGAAAAUGAUGUCAAUGAAGAUAAAGAUGAAAAUGAUGUCAAUGAAGAUCAAGAUGAAAAUGAUGUCAAUGAAGAUAAAGAUGAAAAUGAUGACAAUGAAGAUAAAGAUGAAAAUGAUGUUAAUGAAGAUAAAGAUGAAAAUGAUGUUAAUGAAAAUAAAGAUGAAAAUGAUGUUGAUAAUAAUGAUAACAGUGGAGGUGAUGGUCAUUUGCAUUUAGCUGAAAGCAGUAAAGCAGAAACCUCGUCAGCGCCUGCCAGAUCAAAACGCUUAUCAUCUAAAACUCGAAAAAUUAAGAAGUUGACGAAUGAACAAAGUAGGCUUUUGAGAAGACUUUUUGAAAGCAAUGUCCGUGAGGAAAGGGAACUGAAAAUGGCUGAUUGUGAAAAAGCUAUGAAGAAAUACUCUAUACUAAAAGGUCUAGGCUGGAAAAAAAUAAAGAACACAGUGCACAAUUGGAUAACUGGGGAAAAAAGGAAAAAACAUAAAUAGAAUGGCUUAAUACAAUUGUGUAAUGCAUAAAGAUGAGUUAUCUAGUUAUUGGCUUACGAAAAGAUAACAACUUCUGUCAGAAGCGGGUACUAUCAGUUAAAGAAUGUUGUGUGAAUUGUCUGUUUGUUUCACUUGAAUUAUUUAUGAACUGGUUGAAACUUCACACACUUUAUAGAGUUUGAUAUUGGGUCACUGUCCAGGGUCUAUAUAACAUGGAUUUUGACAGAAUUAUGGCCCAUUUUGAACUUUAAAUUUCUACAUUAUUUAGACUGUUGUGUAACUUACAAGCAAUGAGUUUAGUGGUGUGCUCAGUUCUUGUUUUUUUUAAAUGAAGGUAUAUUGUAUAUUGGUUUGUUUUAGGAAUAAGCAAAAGUAGAAUGUGACCCCUCUUGCAGUAGCUCUUUAAUUUUACUGGUGCUAUGCCCUUAUAAAAUUGUACUGUUGACAAAUGACAUGCUUUCUAAACUUGUACAUGUACUAUUCAUUCAUUUCUGAUUUUUCUUCUAUUUUAUUCUUUGUUUAGAUGAACAUCUAAGCCAUGAUAUUUUUGUUAUUGAAGUUGUUGUAUAAAAUAAUAGACUUACUCCAGAAUUAAGAAUAUUUGGGUUUUUCCCUGCUAAUCCGUAGGUACAAACUUUUUACAGUUACAGCUUCGAAAAUAAGCGAAACAGGUUAACUUAUCUAUUGUGACGGGUAGUGCACCGUGAAGAUAUAACGGACAAAAGUUAGUUUGUACCUACAGAUAUCUUGGAAAAACCUACAUAUGCCGAGUUCCGGAUAACGAGUUCCGGAUAACGUCUAUUUGGGACUAAUUUGAUUUGCAUGCUAGUUUAAAGAAGGAAAUUUGAUUUUAUAUGAAAAGAGUAAUUAACUCAAGAUCUGAUUUUUAUUUAUUCUAAGAUUUUUGUCAUGUUUCUCAAUUUUAACCUUGACUGUUUCAAAGAAGUAACGCCAUUAUGAUUGCUGCAGUGUCAUCUUGUAAAAACUUGUAUGUAGCCUGUAACCUGUUAUAGAAGGGCUGUCAUUGACAGAAUAUUUUGUAUCAUAUAUUGAGAGAAAAAUAUCGACGUGUAUCGAUAUAUCAACUUUGACUGAAGAUACAAUGAAAAACAUUUAAAUAUGUGUUAUAAAUUGGGAUUAUGGUGUUAUGCAUGCUUGUAUUAGACAUUACAAAUACUACAAACUAAUAGAAAGUCUGUUUUUUUCUGUUAUCUUUGUCACUGACAUUUGAAAACAGAGUUUAAAGUUCAAGUUAGCAUAGAAAAUUGGAGAAAAAAACACUUCUCUAAUUAGGCAAAAUAGAGAGGUAUAUAUUCACAAACAGAAAUAAAUAAAUUUUAGCUUGUAUCUAUAUUUGAAAGAUUGUAUCGAUAUUGUAUCGACUGAUGAAUAUUGAUGAUAUAUCUAUAUUGUGAUAAUCAAUGACAUAGUUAUCAACAUGAAAGUUGACAUACUUGAUUAUAGCAUGACAAGGUGCAGUUGUUAAAUAAGGGGCUUCAUUUUAAAAGAUUUAGUUUCAGAGUUACACCCAAUUUUAACUUAGUAUUUUGUCAAAAUUGCAUAUUAACUAAUAUGAUUGAUAUCAACAUGAAACUUGUUAGACAAGGGGCAAUACUCUGAAUGCAAUAUUUCUUAGAAAUUAUGUCCCUUUUUAACUCACCAUAUUUGUAAAAACUGCUUAUUGAUAGUUGUUUCCUUUAAUAUGCUCAGUUAACAGUACAUGUGGUGCUCUUACUUAGAAUUUUAUGAUUUUUAUUUCCAUUAAUUACAGUACUUAAAAAGAUUGUGUGUAAGAAUUUUGCAAAAUUAUUUGUACCUCUUUAUACUAAAAGUACUCUUUAUAUGCUGUUUAAAGUUGGAAUAAAUAUUAAGAAGCCA